AUCUGUGCUCCUCGUCGACGAGAAAUCAGAGUCCUGGUUGGGAAUGAAAGCAAGUCUUCUCAUUCUUCAUGGCCUCCGGGUCAGGACAUAGGAUGCUUUUUGCCUCCCAAACACACCGACACCUCACGCUGCUGUCACCGCGCACGUAGAACUAGCUUUUUUGGCAGGCUCUAGCCAUCUGUUCUGCCGCGGUCGUGCUAGCCUUCGACAUGACGAGCGUUCGCUUUCGCGUGGCCUUGUCGAACGCGGUGCUAUGCGGCACUGCAUGCGCACAGCCGGAGCUCAGCCGCUGUGAUGACUUUGCGUGGAUUCCCAAGGGACGAGUUACCUUCAACAACAAUAUCUGGAACCCAGCUGUGAGCGGACACCAGUGCAUAGCAAUUUAUCCAGACGCGACCAGUUUCAAUGUCACGUGGCAAUGGGAUCGUGGUGACGACUCGAACCCGGUCCACUCAUUCCCUUACGUUAGAUUCAAUUCCAAGUAUCUACCCGGACGCAUUUGGGAUAUUCAUGACCUUAGCGUGCAUGCUGCGUGGGACAUGUUCCCUACUAGCGAUAGAACCAACGCUCUGCAGAACGUGGGGGCCGUUGCAAACGUGGCCAUCGACAUGUUUUUAGACGCGGACGUUCAGAAAGCCGUAGACGCCAAGUCGGCGGACUAUGAAGUGAUGAUAUGGCUCGCGACUUUCGGCGCUGGGAUGCCAUUCGGAAACGCUACGGGCAUCACGCACGCCACCAGCGUCCAACCGGGACAAUUCGAAAGCUUUGAACUCUACAAAGGCAAAAAGACCAACGGACAGAGCGUCUUGACUUGGCAAGCUGCAAAUCCUGUGCGUCAAUUCCAGCUUGACGUACUCUCUUUCCUGCGCCUCCUUCAGACAAACGAAGUCCUUGCGCCCGAGUUAACAUUAGGCGUGGUUGAAUUCGGUACGGAGACUUUUCAUGCAGACGAGAACGUAACAUUUUCCGGUUCUAAUUUCAGCAUGGAAUUGAGCUCAAAUGCAUCGGCAACAUCGGCGCAGCCAUUCUCGUCCUCAGGGGCGUUCACGACAACUUCACCUCUUUCGUCGAUGAUCACCACCAUCUAG